UUGUACCCGAGAGAGAAAACGGACAAUGUAUUAAUAAUGCAUUGCAUAAGCUUUAUGAUUAACCUUAUUUAAUUUAUUUAAUGGAUUUACGCGAAUUAGCAAGGUUUGGUGAAAUAUAGAUACAGAUAUUGUGCAAGGUAGUCUAUUUAAAAUAAGCACAUAUUAGGUAUAUAACAGAAAUUAGAUUCCUAUUUUAUGUGCUCAGAUUAAAAAAGAACGAAAAUAUGGACAAUAAUCGAUUUUUCCUCUGCAUUUCCACGUAUACAUAUGACCUGUGUCUGGUUGGCCACGGGGAUAGUAUGGAGUAGUAGAGUUUGUUUUCUUGUACAUUUUACGCUUCACAUCGAGAUUAAGGAAUGGAUUACCAUCAGUCAGCAGAAGAACUUGCCCAGAAGAUAUGGUCAUACAAUCAAGAUGUGUCUGGUUGGACAGUGGCAAAAAAUUCAAGGAAUGUCACAGUGUCAUGGAAGCCUUCCGGUGAAUACAGAGGAAAAUUGUAAGUUUUUCAGGUACCGUGCUGAGGGUAUAGUAGAGGAUACACCUGAUAACAUCAUUCCCUUCAUGUAUCUACCAGAAUACAGGAUACGCUGGGAUAAAGCACUCAAGUCUUACACACUCUUAGAGAGAAUUGAUGAGAACACUGCAAUUUGUCACACAGUAACCCACAGUUAUGGAAUGGGUCUGAUUUCCUCCCGGGACUUUGUUGAUCUCAUAAGAGUGAAAAGAUAUGAAGAAGGAAUUAUAACAACCAACUCUGUUAGUGUUGAUUACGCACAGUGCCCUCCUUCUCCUGCUCACAUCAGAGGACACAACAACCCCUGUGGAUAUGUGUGCACACCGCUACCGAAGAGUCCAGGCCAUUCCAAACUAGUGGUGUUCAUUCAACCAGACCUGGGAGGGAUACUGCCACAGUCCAUUGUGGAGUCCGCUUUACCAAACAACCUUAUCAACUUGAUCAAUGACACACGCACUGGAAUAAAGACCCUGAGCUGAUGAUAAAAGACAAUGAAAGUGCAUUCAAGUGAACAAAUAACCUUCCUUUUCAAGUCCAACUUAUCUGAAAAUAGUAUUUAUGAUCUGGAGUGAUUUCAUUUGUUCUGCAGAUGCAUUUCUGUUCCAUAUAAUGGGUAUUUCUUCUUUCAAAUGAAAUGAAUCAACUUUUUAUAUUUGCUGUGGUUGACAGUGUAUUCUCUGUGUCCAGAAUGAUGUCUUUACUUCUGCAACAAAGGGAAAAGGGUUGUUUUCAAAUAAGCAAAUUAUGAAUUCAUUUAAUUUCAGUCUUUCCUUGAUACCAUAGGUGAUAUGAUAGCUGUAGGAUUAUAUUUUGGGUCAACUUGUUGGCAAGUCCAUAUUGUAAACAAGUAUCAUAACAUUUUAAAAAGCAAUAAUCAUUCAGUAUUUGACAGUAUAUACAAGCCACCACACUAAGAGAGUUUGGGAUAGUGUAUUUCCCUGAGUAUUUUAGUAUUUUAUAUCCAGUCUACAUCCUGAUGAAAAAAAUAGAAAAAGAUCUCAACGAUAAUGCUAAUUUAAAUGAAAACAUGGUGUUUUAAUUUUAAAAUAACCGUAUCUUCGUGUUUCCUUUGUAGUUUUGCACUUUUACAUGAUAUCAUGUUACUGCCUUUUACGUAUUCUCUGGUUCUUUUUUAUUUGAAGCAUAAGUAUCAUUUUAAUGCUGUGCAAUAAAUAUAUUUUAU